AUGGACGCCAACGCCACCAAUGGGCCCCAUCCUAUUCGCUAUCCGCAGCCCCGACAAGUGCUACGUGGCAGCAAUCUAAGCCCAUUGGACGGGACGAGGAUCCUUUCGGGCCGGCUGAGAGACCGGUCCAUCAUGCGGCUUGGCGUCUCGGACCGGAUAGACCGCUUCGGAAGCCAGCGGUGGAAGGAGUCCACGAUCAGCGGCCUGAGAGCUUCUUGGAUUCUUGGUUCAAGGCUGAGAGAUAUCAAUUUAGAGAGAGUAGUUGCGAUUCAGAGAGUAGCAGUAGAAGAAGAAUAUUCGUAUGGUUUUGGCAAAUUCUGCUACUCAUCAGAUGAUGAAGGUGGAAAUGGAAGACGGGGAGAUGACAGAGUUUCUGAUUUGAGUUCUUCUCCGAUGGAGAGAGUUCGGCCGGCGAGGCGGCUGUGGAGAAGGAACAGAGGAUUGGAUCAUGAGCUGCUGACGAAGAUGAAUGAACUGGAAGGACUCUUGGCUGCUCAUAAGAUGGCCAGAGCUGGAGACUUGCAGUUAGAUCGCAUGCACAAGGCUAGGGAGAGAAGACCAGCUCCUGAUCGAUCGCCGGAGAUUGGUAACGCAGUGGAUUUUGAUGGCAAUUUUUCUUUGAGCAUCGGGGAUGAUGAGGGUUGCAGUUACCAUGCGAAGAAGUUGGAAUGUUUGAGAGGAAGGUUGUAUGAGAAAUAUAUGGAGAAGAGAGAUGCAAAGCUGAGGGAGGAGUGGGGAUUGAGGAGGACAUAUAAGGAAGCUAAGAUGAAGGCUAUGUUGGACAGCUUGGAACAGAGUCAGGCAGAGUUGAAGGCUCGAUUUGGAAGAUCUGAGGAGAGAAAGGAUUUGGCUUUUCAGGUUCGACAUGCGGAGAAGCUGAAAUCCUUCGUUGCUCGUUCCAUGAUGAAGGAUACAGAACAGCAGACAGUAGAGUUCAUCCAGACAAAGGAGGAAGAAAAUCUUGAACAGAAGGUUCAGUAUGUUCAGUUUAAAUUCUAUGAUGAUACACGACUUAAUGAUGGUUCUUCUAGCAGCACUGACUCUAAGAAGCUAUACUCUAGUAGAAGUGUACCUUCCUCCACAUCUCAAAAAUCAGUUGCACCCAAUAGCAGAUCUCCUAUCAAAUCUGGUUCCAUAAGACAAAGGACUCAGCCUGAAAAUCCUCUAAUACAAUCAGUUUCCAACAAUUCUCACCACAGGAAGGAAAAUAUGAAGCCAUUGGCCGGAACUAGCAAGAUAACCCCUCGUUCACAAUCGUGGACGCAUGCUCGAAGCAUGAGCAUCAGUGAAGGUGUUCAUAUUGUCAAGGAAGAGAAGCCUCCAAGGUCCAAGUCUAUGCGAAACAUCUCAAUUAGUUCUGGUGAGUUAAAAGACCUUUCAUCAGUAAACACUAGCAUCCCCAGACCGACACCGUCAAGAUUUUCGAAGGAGCAAAGCAAGCAAACCUCCAACAGGUUCCAAAAGAUACACGAGUCGAAGCCGUUUCUUAGAAGGGGCAAUGGGAUAGGACCUGGUGCUGGAGCUGCUAUAGCUAGAUCCAGGACCUGCAUAGCUUCUGAGAUGCAGAAAAGUGGAGAGGAGUCUGAAGGGUUGGUAGGUCAGUAUGAAUGUUCACCUGACACAGUUGAAUAUAAGGAUGAAGAAGAAUUAGGAAGAACAUCCAGUGAAGGCAGGGAAACUGGUUUUCCUUCUGACUCAGAUAGUGGGAAAUCAAGAUCCAGCCAAGAAUUAGGAAGUAUUAGUGAUCCCAGACCUGCUAAUGGUGAUGACUUUACAGCUAUAUCUAAAGCAGAUGAUGAUUCACCUACUGCUUCUAAGUUUAUCGCCUCUGCAGGGAGUAUGGAAGAGUUACAAGAACAAAAUCCUGAAUCUUGGAACUCACACAUCAAAUAUCCACAUUCCAAUUCUCAUGAGGCAUCGGAUGUUGAUGCUUCGGUGGCUAUGAACCAAAUGGAGGAGGCUGAUCCUGCUCGAGUAAGGAAGAAAUGGAAGAAAGCUGAGAAACUUGUUCUUGCCACUAAAGAUUCCCAUCAACCGCGAAAUGGUGUGGCAGAAGGGUUCAGGAGAUGGUUUAAAUUUGGGAAGAAACGCAAGGUGGUGAAAAGUAUAAUAAAUGUUACGGUAUCCGUCUCAGCAGCUUCUGGAGCUGGUGAUGAUAUAGAAAAUGACCGUGAUCUGGCAAGCCAAUCAUCGGAUGAUCUAAGGAAGUUGAGAAUGGACUACUCAGUUCCUGCUUACCAUGACAUAAAUGAGGGCAAGGUUUUUCCUGAUCAAGCAGUUCCAUCAUUACAUUGCUCCAGUCCAGGUGCUCCUACAAACUCCAUACCGAAGGAAGAUUGCGUAUGUGGAAACUCUCCAAAAGCACAUCGGUCAAUGUUAUCCAUUCCUUCAUUUCAUAGCAAGGGGAGAAAAUCCAAGCUUAAGUGACAGAACGACGGUCUACAGCAUCAGCAUUUUCCAACCAUGCCAGAGCAUGAUAUAUUAAUGCUGAUUUGAAUGAUUUCCAUAUAUGCUAGACAUCCCAGUUAUAGUCUAGAAAAAAAAAAAAAAAAAAAAGUACUUCCAUACUUUUUGGUGUGUCAUGUGAUUCACGUCAUGGAAAUCAAAUUCUCCCUGUUAUCUCUCAGUUUUGUAUAGUUUGUGGUCAUGAGGAGUUCAUUAGGCCAAACCACGCUGAUGCUUCCAGGAAUUUUUUUUGUACUAGAGCAAUUCCUUUUGUAGCUUGUAUUUGUAUGUUGGCAAUGAUACACUUGUGAGAUAUUUGAUUUAUACAAAUCAGAAGGGAUUGCUUUCUUC